AUGUCUUCGAAUACUAGUCUUAAACAUCCAUCAACGCGAUUUUGCCAAAAGCUUGCGUUUUUGGGGUCGAUCUUUUUGGUCUUUUUCAUCCUCUUGCUCUCAAACGAAUCUAAACGUCUCCGGAAUGACAUUUUCCAUCUAACAACGCGUCCAUCCGCGUUGUUGCCCCAUGACACCCCCACCAACAUUUCCCACCUUGUGUUUGGACUUGUUGGGACAACGAAAGCAUGGCAUCACCGAAAACACUACAUUGAGUCAUGGUGGCGCCCAAACGUCACGCGUGGCUUUCUUUACCUUGACACAUCCCCAACCGGUGACCUUCUACCAUGGUCACCAGCAUCUCCAACUUUUCGUGUUUCUGAUAAUAUUACAAAGUUAUUAGAAGAGACCAAACAUGUCGCACCCAUUAUGGUUCGCAUGGUUCAUGCAGUUAUCGAGGUUUUUAGGGAAGAACACGAAGGGGUUCGAUGGUACAUCAUGGGAGAUGAUGACUCGAUGUUUUUUGUUGACAAUAUGGUUGAUGUUUUGUCGAAAUAUGAUCAUACAAAGUACAUAUAUAUUGGUGCUCACUCGGAGUGUAUAAUGUCAAAUCAAAUAUUUUCUUAUGACAUGGGAUUUGGUGGAGCUGGACUUAUUAUGAGUUAUCCUUUGGCAAAAAUGGUGCAAAAAAAUAUAGAAGAUUGUUUUAGAAGGUAUCCGUACUUGAAUAGUGCUGAUUUGAUCUUAAUGACUUGUGUCAAUGACUUUGGAGUUUCCAUGACCGCUCAUCAAGGUCUUCAUCAGAUGGAUCUACUCGGAGAUGCAUCAGGGUUAUUAUCUUCUCACCCAAAAGCUCCAUUGCUUUCUCUUCAUCACAUUGACCACAUAGAUCCACUUUUCCGCAACAUGGAUCGCUCUGAAUCGGCAAAACACCUUAUGAAAGCUGCAAAUAUCGACCAAUCUCGUUUAGUACAACAAACUAUAUGUUACAAUAGACGUUUAAACUGGUCUUACUCGCUCUCAUGGGGCUUUUCGGUUCAAAUCUACGAAAAGGUCAUCCCUCGUAGCAUCUUAAAGAUCCCAAUUGAGACAUUUAAGCCAUGGUCAUCAUUUUGGAAACCGCCAUUAUACAUCUUCAAUACAAGACCAAUCUCAAAUGAUUCAUGUGAAACUCCUCACAUGUUUUCAUUCGAUUCUAUUAAGAAAAUCAAUGACAAUGAAAUUGUAACGAAGUAUGUUCGGAUGGCUUCACGUGGCUUACCGACGUGUGGAUUAGCCGGUAACCAUUCUGCGGAUCUAGUGACAAGAAUUGAAGUUGUAUCAUCGGUGACAAAACCAAACCAGAAUGGAAAAACGGAAUGUUGUGAUGUGGUUGAUACCAAUGGCAUGGAAGUUUCAAAGCUAAAGUUGAGAGAUUGCAUGGACGAUGAGUUAAUUGCUUGA